AUGGUGACGGUGAUUGACGAUACCGAUCCGAACCUGUACUGGGGCAACGGGAAUGUCCAGAUUAACUGGAGCUCAGGCAAUGAUCGACUUGAUAAGACAUUCAUGAGGGCCGACUUUAUGGAGAUCAGGUGGAACGGAGGGGAUAUCGCCGUCUAUGGCGCCCGACGAUGGAAUCAUGUGCGUGCCGCUCCGUCAUGUCUCCACGGAUUCGCCGAUCCCGAUACCUUCCAGCAGGUCCUGUACGCCACGUCCGGCCUGGCACAGGGCGACCAUAUGCUGCGACUCACGAAUGAGAAUGGUCGUAACCCGGCUGAAAGCGCCUCUCGAGUUUGGCUGGACGUAGACUUUAUCGCAUUCGACGGUUCUGUUCGGAAUGCGAUACCUGGCGCACCACAACCGACUACCGCACAGUCUGCUCCAGCGCCUUCUUCGGCGGCAUCAGCCCCUCCGCCACAAUCUAGCAGUACGCCCGUAUCGACACCUCCCAGGCCAUCUCCUAGCUCAGCCGCCGUCGCUUCGUCCUCUAGCUCCACGUCGACUUCCCUCUCGUCAUCAAUAUCGAGCUCCUCGGCGAUCUCCUCCUCCGCGAGCUCGGCCUCCUCCGCCUCCGCCUCAGUGUCCUCAGCAUCUACCAACUCCGGCGGCCAAUUCUCCGCCUCCGUCUCGCUACUUCUGCCAUCAAGCUUCCAGAGUGCGUCCGUAUCGGUCAGUCCCGGGUCCGUCUCCAUAUCGAGCACUACAACUGUCACAAUUAAGACGAGCGGCCAGCCGUCCACACCGUCCGGGACCAGCGGGCCAGAUUCCGAGGGUGCAGCAUCGGGAACGAACAAGACGACGGUCGUUGCUAUAUCCAGCACGGUUAUCGUCCUCGCUGUCCUCAUCAUCGGCACAGUCGUCGGUCUGUGGUGGCAUCGCCGCCGGAAGAGGCGGAGGGAGGCGGAAGAGCCAGACAUGUACGAGACGGGGAACCCGUACGAUCGGCCAAACUCGUCUUGGGCGCGGAUGUGA